GAAGACAACGACAGCGACAGCGACAGCGACGACAAUCCUCCGCACCACCCACCACCAUCGCCCCGUCAUCAACGAUCGAGAUGGCGAAGGAACGCUCCGGCAUUGCCGUCGGCUUGAACAAAGGCCAUAAAACCACCGCCAACACAACCAAGACACGCAUCUCGCGGACAAAGGGCCACCUCUCCCGCCGCACCAAGUUCGUCCGUGAUAUCGUCAAGGAGGUCGCCGGCCUUGCCCCAUAUGAGCGCCGUGUCGUUGAACUGUUGAGAAACGCCCAGGACAAGCGGGCCCGGAAGCUCGCGAAGAAACGGCUCGGAACCUUUGGCCGUGCCAAGAGAAAGGUCGACGAAAUGCAAGGAGUCAUUGCUGAGGCCAAGAGAGCCGGCCACUAAAUGUUCUUAUAUCGAAGGAGGGCAAAAUUAGAAAGUCCUGUGGUUCUCGUGGGGGAGGAAAUUGGGGAACGGGACUGUUGCUGGUUGUUGUUACUCUUUGAAUUAAAGGGUUUGGUGUCAUGGAUUACCAUUUAAACUUGUUUUUUUUUUCCCCAUCAUGUGUGCAUCUUUUUCAAUUAAUGGAAAUGAAAUAUCAAGAAACAAACAAACAACAAACAA